GCGAAGCCAAGCUGUUUGCCUGAUCCAUCCGUCAUUGUUCACCCGGCUUUUCCCACUUUGAACGAGGGUUUGUGGCAUCAGGAAGUUAAAAGGAGUCAGGAGGGGGGAAAAGGGGGAGUGUUUCUUUUAAAAAGAGAGUGAGAUUGGAGAGGAGGACACAGGCACUCCAAACCCUGUCUGUGCUUGGUAUAUUAGGCAGCCAGUGCUCUUGGCUGGGAGCCCAGACGAGGCUUUUGUAAUCAAAACAUGAUCUUGUAUGCUGUGCAACCAGUGCUGAGAAAGGCCGUCUGAUGGCUCUCCUCUUUUAGCUCUGCUCUGGAAUCCGCCGGGCUCCGCCGCCGAUGUCCAACAUGCACCGAGCUGAUGCUGCUGUGGAUGAUGCUGUGUUAAGGAAGAAAGAGCAGAAAGAUGUUGAACUUGAUAAGAAAAUCUUGGCUUUGCGGAAAAAAAACGAAGCACUGAUACGAAGGUACCAGGAAAUAGAAGAGGACAAAAAGCGAGCAGAACAGGAGGGAAUGGCUGUUACCUCCAGGAGGCCCAAGCAGGAUGGACUCACUAUUACCAUCACCAAAGCUCACAACGACCUGAAAGAUGCAAUUACCCAGACUGAACACUAUGGACAAGAUAGCCCAGCCCUCUCGAUGGACAAAAGGGUGGUGAGUGAGAAAUGGGGAAGCCCAUGUCCUACAAGCCCUGGGUUUGGCAUUGGCAGUGAGGAAGACGAGGAGGAGGAUGAAGCAGAUCAUAUGUUCACAUUCAGGAUGGGGAAGAGGAUGCAGCUGGCUGUUACCAUGGACAACAAAGCAAAGGGCAAGAGAAUCGUCAGCGAGAAACGCACCGAGAGCUUCCCUGGCCCGGGCCGAGUGCCGGACCUGAGCGAGGAGGAGACGGAUCAUUUGGUGGCUUUCCGACGGGGAAGGAGGAUGCAGAUUGCCAUCACCAUGGACAACAAGGAAAAGGGAGAAGAGCGGAGAACAGCAGAGAAGAGGAGAUCAGACAGUGACAGAGGCCCAGAAAGUGAGCACAGCCGGAAGGAUGGUGGGAAGCCAGUCCAGAAGAGUCCUGGAGAUGUGAGUUUCCCCAUGACUGGCCGGGAGCGCUCGGAGUACAUCCGCUGGAAGAGGGAGCGAGACCAGAUUGACCUGGAGCGCCUGGCGCGUCACAAGAACGCCAAGGGCGAGUGGCGACGGGCUUGGGAUGUGGAGAAGUCGGAGCACAUGUUUGAAGAGGACUUUGUUAAGGAUGGGGAGCCAGCCUUGGAUAAUCCCAGCAGUAAGAAAGGGGGAAGGAAUGCAAGGAAAUUCCAGCACAGGUCCUUUCCUGCGGAUGGGAGAGGUGGAGGACAUCAUGGAGUGAAUGUGAGCGACCCUGGUCCAAAAGCAGUGCCUGCUGUGAGCAGCCGAGCCAAGGGGAAGGACAGACUGACAGGCAGAGCCAGAAGAUGGGAUGCAAAAGAAGGCGAGGACAUGUCUCUUGUGAAGGAUGACCUUGAUGGCCAGAGGAGCCUUGGUGUGGACAGGCGGAAGAGCAGAGGUGAUGAGGGGGUGGAAGAGAACUGCACAGCUGAGCUGGAGGAAAAGGGGAAACAGCCAAGCCUCCAGGAUCACGGGGCCUCCUCCUCACAGCAGCUGCAAAGUGGGAAGGUCCAGCCUGCCCAGAAUGGCCAGAAGGAGGAGCAGAGGGGAGUGAGGGGCUGCAGCACAGAGGUAUCUGUGGCCAGUGCUGGGGACUCAGAGCCAGGGCCCAAGCCAAGCAAGGAAAAUGUUGGGGAAGAUGCCAAUGGGAAGCCUGGCACUGCUGACGUCUCCCGGGAGGAGAGCACUGACAGCACUGCUUCACAGAGCAGCCUUCAGAACACUCUGCAAGGCACCAGGCCUGGCAGUGAGGAGACCUUGUCACUGCCCAUGGGAAUGAAUGUAGAUGGAGCUGGCUUGGAGAAGCAGCCAGCUUCGGAACAGGAGUGCUCUGAGAACUCUUCCAACAGCCAUGGAGGAAAGCUCGACACAGCAGCAGGAGACAGACUGGAUGCAGACCAAGGACAGCUGGUGAGCAGAGGAGGGGAAGAAGUGACCCACAGCUCUGCUCUUGAGGGACAGGCACUUGAACUGCAAGGAAGUGAAGAUGCUGAAGGCACUGAACACCACAAGCCUUCGCCCCCAGGGAAAGCCAGCUCUGACAAGGCUGUUGAGCCUGAGCAGGACACAGCAAAAUCCCAGUCUGGGGAAGGGGACCAGCGUGAGGACUGCAAGGACAAGGACAGUGGGGACACUCACAACUAGCAGAUUGCCCGGGCUUGCCUGAGACAUAAGGAUAACAUGCUGGAGGCAGUGGAGGAGAAGAGGAGCACAAUCUUGUCCUCACUCUUUUACCUUCUAUGAAAUCAGCCUUCGGCACCUGUGCAGUGCCCUUCAGCACCAUUCACAACACGUGGGGUCCCCAUCACCACCCGCUCACAGUUCUGGCAUCCCCCUUCCCUAUCUGUGUGUCAAAGGACAGGGAAGGGUGCACACACUCCCACCCUACAGAGAAAACACCAUCACUUAUCUAUUUGUUUGGCAUAUAUUGCAGCUGCGUGGCAAGCCAAGGAAAUGUCUACUGAUGCACUUUAUUUUAUUUAAUGACUAAUUCUUUUUAAACUUAUGGCUUGGGUUUCUGGGCACACACGCUGUUUUUUCCCCAAAGGCUGGAGGCACGUGCCAGGGGCUGUGCCAGCAACUGAAACAGCAGGAAGAGGUGACUGGCAAAGCAGAGGGGUGAGGUGUUAGGGUGUAGUUCAGUAGGUGGGUGAAGAAGCUGUGUUCAGAGCUCUUGUACUAGAGGUUUGCACGUGGUUGAAGUGUUGGCAGAGGUGUAUGGUAGUGGCAGGCGCUGAGGGGCAUGAGCAGGAUGGGUGGAUGGAUGGAGUGCUUCUGACAAGCACAGAUCAAGCCAGCACCUCCUCCUUGAAGAGCCUCCAGCUGUCCUCCCCUGUUAGAGGCUGAGGAGCACAUCAGGACAGUGCUUUGUGCCAAGGAAGGUGGCUGCUUGGAUGACCAGGUCUGUGCAUAACCCAGCAAACCCCAUGCCCCCUUCCCAAGCGUAACUGGGCAUCCCUGCAGCACGGCAAGAAGGGGGACAGCACAAUAAUCUUCCUCCCCCACCACACUGCCCAAAGCAGUUGGCAGCAGGACCCAGGCCAAACUGGAGCUGGAGGUCCAAGACUUUGUAUUAAACAUGUUCACCUUCCUGGUUGUGCCUUUCAUAGCCUUGUGUUUCAUUAAGAGAGCAGGAAUCCUCUCUAAGAUGCCCUGCUGACCUUCUGACCUGGCCUUAAAGAUACCUUUCAAAUGGAAGAUCUGGAGGAGCUUUACAAGCACAAACAUGCAGGAAUUCUAGCUGCUUGGCUUUCCAAGCAGGAAGCAAGGACCCAGCUGGAAUACAGCUACCAGUUAAGGAGAAGGCACAUGGAAUAACACAACAUAAUUUCUGACUUCUGAAUGACAGGGCAGAGUGGGCCCUGUCAUUCA